AUGGCACCGACAAUUAUUCACCUCAGAGCCGAGACCAAGCCGCUGGAACGCCUGUCGCCGGCAUCGGCCAAGGCUCUGCUCGACGCCGGCUACGUGCUGCACAUUGAGCGCUCGUCGGACCGCAUCUACAAGGACAGCGAGUACGAGGCCGUCGGCGCCGAGAUGGUGCCGGCCGGCACUUGGGUCAACGCCCCCACCGACCACAUCAUCCUCGGCCUCAAGGAGAUCACCGACGGCGACGCGCCGCUGCCGCACAACUACAUCCACUUCCAGCACUGCUUCAAGAAGCAGGACGGCUGGGCCGAGGCCCUCUCGCGCUUCGCGCGCGGCAAUGGCCGGCUGUACGAUCUCGAGUUCCUCGUCGAGCCGAAUGGCCGACGCGUCGCUGCGUUUGGCUACUGGGCCGGCUACGCCGGCACUGCCAUUGCCCUGCUCGCCUGGGCGCACCAGAUCCUGCGCCCGGGCACCCCGCAGAGCGCCGUGCCCGUGUUCGACAGCGCCCCGGCGCUGGCCGACCACGUCAAGGCCGCCAUGGCGCCGGCCAUUGCCGCCAACAACGGCGAGCUGCCCCGUGCCAUUGUCAUUGGUGCGCUGGGCCGCUGCGGCAAGGGCGCCCGCGAUUUUUGUGUGGCGGCCGGCCUGCCCAAGGAGAACAUUCUCGAGUGGGACCUGCCCGAGACCAAGCGGGGCGGCCCCUUUGAGGAGGUGGCCACGUCGGACAUUUUCGUCAACUGCGUGUACCUGGGCGCGGCGCGCAUCCCGCCGUUUGUCACGUUCGAGUCGCUGGCGGCCGCCGGCGCCAGCCGCCGGCUGCGUGUCAUCUGCGACGUCAGCUGCGACCCCAACAGCGCCAACAACCCGAUCCCCCUGUACUCGACCUACAGCUCCUUCACCAGCCCGACGGUGCCCGUGUCGCAGGCCGUCGACGGCCCCGAGCUGCGCGUGAUUGCCAUUGACCACCUGCCGACGCUGGUGGCCCGCGAGUCGAGCGACGAGUUCUCGCAGCUGCUGCUGCCGAGCCUGCUGACGCUCGACAAGCGCCAGACCGAGGGCGUGUGGACGCGUGCCCAGAAGACCUUUGAGGACCGCGUCAGCGAGCUGCCCAAGAGCAGCUAG